AUGGAUAGGUCUCGAGCAACUAUCAAACUUCUUAACGAUCGCCGCUGGGAAAUUAUACGGCUUUACUUGAUCGAAGGCCGGAUGCUCCCUGAAAUCCAACGGUACCUUCAGCAGGGACAGCGUCAAUUGGGAUUCGAACCCCAACUCAGUAUUUGGCAUUUAAAACGCCUGUUAAAAGAACACGGUAUCAUCAAGAACCUUCGUGGAGAAGCGCUAUUCAUCAAGGAUCAUCUCGGCUUGGCAUUAACGACUUGGGACUGCUUGGUGUUUGCAAAUGACUUUCUCGUGGACAACCGCCAUGUAGAGCAAUCAUGUCAAAGGAGACAAGGAUGUCUGCGACAUCCUGAGAAAAUACAUAACAAAUUUCUGACAUUCAUGCAUCUUCCUUUUGAGUUUAGAGCCCUCAGCCAACCGGACACAUUCAAGUCUUUCCAGCAGCUUUUGUUCUAUACUCGGGUCCACUUUGAUUCCUCCUUCGAAGCUGGCAGAUGGGCACCGGAUAGUCGAGGCCUGUACGCGAGGAGCGCAACACUCAAAGCUGAUCUAGCGGUGCUCAGUAAUAUGCACAACAAGAUCUCUCAUGCUUUGAGUCAAUUCAAAGCCAAGAAUCCUGAACGCGCCCAGCGCAUGAUGCAAAACACGUUCGAAUACCACAAAGCUAUAGUUCAGAACUAUCACCAUCGCCAGUUUUCUGAUAUCCUUGCAAUUCUACUGCUGAUUCAAAGAGCUGGUCUCACGCAUGGAGAGGCAAUGAUCAGGAAUCUUGUGACCUUAGCAAGGGAAACCCUACCGCAAACCGAUCCCCGGAAAUCCAUGUUCGAGUCCCUGAGGGACUUACCUCUCGACUCGACGGGUCACUUAUACCUGGCUUUUGAUACCUAUUGUCGAUAUCUGUGGAGGUCAAAGACUGGCCCACAUAAUUUCAAGACAUAUUACUCCUACAACCAGGCUAGCUUCCCGAGAGCAGAUCCAGUUGGAUUCUUUGACUUCUUCAAAGAGAAGGACGCGGUAGAUAUCACGUACAUUCUCGGCAAGGUAGACGAAGAGCUAGGAGAGUAUAGCCAUGAGGCGUUUACACUAUGGCAUACGGCUAUGAGGUCUCUUGGUCAAGAGCAAAGAUAUACAGAGAUAGAAUCUCUGGCACGCUAUUUAUGUAUGCGGGUAUAUCGCCUUGGGAACGAAUUCGAUUACUCUGAGGAGCGACAGUUGAAUCUCGAUGCUAUGCUGAGCUUCUAUCUCCUAGGUAAUGCGUUGGAGGCACAAGGGUAUUUGUACCAGGCUAUAGUUGCUUAUGAGAAUUCGGUGGAGAUCCGAUGUCGAAAUGCUCCCAACAACGGUUGGGAUGCCGGGAAGGCAGCUUCAUUGCGCCGGGUGAAGGAAAUUGCGACAAGACUCGGUAUAUUCUUAGCAAGUGACUAUAUCUCUAUGGAGGAUAGUCUAUAUUCUGGUGUGUAA